GCUGAACGUAGCCUGUCUGAAAGGAGCUUGCUUUCUGCAACCGAGAUCUGAUCCAUUCGCUUUACGUUGGCCUGGAUACUUCCUACAGUGAGUGCCUUGGUUAUAUGCAGCUUGUGGAAGUGGUGGUCCGCUGCAGUUGCAGAAGUGGGCCUUGGGUUCGAUGGGUUGGCGGGGCCCACCCCUUUCCGUUUCCUCGGCAGUGUCCCCUUCUUCCUCUUUUUCUUGUUCUUCUUCUUCACGACCGGCUUUCGAGUCUUGAUGAGAGGCUUUGCUUUUGGCUGUGGGCGAUCGUGAGGUACGGCAGCCGAGAAGUCAAUCGAUUGUCGUGGUAGGAUCGAUUUCUUGUCUGAAAAUAUCGGCCGGAACUGGUUGCGCUUUGAGUUCCUCGCAACGUAAAAGGGAACCGCA